AAUCUUCCUCAGAUCUCUUCCUCCACGUACAUCAGCAAAUUAAUUUUGCUACCAUCCGCAAUCUGGCUCUUCUUCCCUCUCCCUCCCUCCAAAAUCCUAGGGUUUUCUUUCGUUCACUGAGAAUUGCUAGCUUUAGAGGCUUCAUAUCAUCGCCCCAUCAAAUCUCGAGUUGACAAAGUCUCCCGUUUUUGGUUCAUCCUACUGAUACACGAAAUUUGAUGGACACAUCCUGAUUUGAUUGAUUGAUGUGGCUCACCUACGUUUCCCCUCUGCGACUUCACAGUUUAUGUCAUUUUGGCACUCUGGCGCCACAAAUGGUAACGCUUUCAUGAAAGUAGCGCUGACUCUUUCUGGAGUUGCAAUUCGUGCGUGAGCGACGCGCUAAUCAUGGCGGCACCGAGGAAUCUGGUGGUCGAUACUGGGAGGUUCAUGAGGGAUGAAGAGAAUGGCGAGGAGGACGAGGACAAGAAAUCCAAAUUCGAGAGGUUUCCGCUUAAUAGGUGGGAAUUCGCGGCCGCGCUCGGCGUGUUCUUUGUUUUCUCCGCCGGUUUGAUUUGUAUUUACUUGACAAUGCCAGCGGCGGAAUAUGGAAAGAUUAAACUGCCACGCACAAUUUCGGAUCUUCGUAUCCUCAAGGAUCAUUUUGCAACAUACGCAGAUAAUCACCCAGCGCAAUUUAUUCUUGGUUACUGCUCUACCUACAUCUUCAUGCAGACUUUUAUGAUUCCGGGAACAAUUUUCAUGUCUUUGUUAGCUGGAGCCCUUUUUGGAGUUUUUCGUGGAAUUCUGUUAGUUGUUUUCAAUGCUACAGCUGGAGCAUCAUCCUGCUUCUUUUUGUCUAAGUUAAUUGGCCGGCCUAUAGUUUCUUGGUUAUGGCCUGAAAAGUUAAGGUUUUUCCAAGGAGAGAUAGCAAAGAGAAGGGAUAAGCUGCUAAAUUACAUGCUUUUUCUGAGAGUUACCCCUACAUUGCCAAACCUAUUCAUCAAUCUGGCAUCUCCAAUUGUCGAUAUACCAUUUCAUAUCUUCUUUUUGGCAACAUUGAUUGGUCUUAUCCCAGCCUCUUACAUUACUGUCAGAGCUGGUCGUGCUCUUGGGGAUUUGAAGUCAGUGAAGGAUCUAUAUGAUUUCAAGACACUAGUUGUGCUCUUCCUGAUUGGCUUUAUCAUCAUAUUUCCUUCAUUUUUGAAGAGAAAGCGAAUCUAUGAGUAGAAUUUGCAAUGGCAUGGCCGGCUUCAUUCUAUUGUCAAAGGCAAGUCAAGAUGACCAAAACAUUGAAUUACAGUGGAUAAUAUGAUUACUCAAGAUAUCCAUUAGAAAGGAUAUGUGAUGAAAAUAUUAGCGUACCCUUUUAUUUUCUUUUGGAGGCUCUUGAAUUAAUUACUCAGUGUGUAGCCUUGAGGCAUCAGGAAGCAUGCGGUGAAUAUUUGGCGAAGCUGUAUCUCCAAUAGCCGGACAGCAUACAGGAAUCGAUUUUUCCUCUGUGCUAUUAUUACCUGUUCAAUUAUUAAUAGUAAUUAAGUAAAGAUUAUGUUAUAGCGGCUGAAAUCAACCAUUUCUCUGGGGCACGGUUUGAUUGUCGAGGUGAAAAGGAAAUCAUUUUUCAUUUGCGGGAUGAUGUUUAUUAUGUUGUACUAAUUAUUAUUCAUUAAAAUA